AUGUCCGACAACACGACACCGCCACCGCCGCCGCUCCGCGUCAACGUGGCGAUCCUGUUCAUGGGAUCCCGGGGGGACCUGCAGCCCUCGAUCGCGAUUGCUAGAGCACUGCAGCGGUCCGGUGGGCGGUACCGCGUGCGGGCGCGGAUCGCGACGCACCCGCCGUACCGGGCGGCCGUGGAGGCGGCGGGGGUGGGGUUCUACAGCAUCGGGGCACGGUGCGAUAUCAAGCGGAUGAUGGCGCGGCGGCUGCUCCCGCGGGAGGAGCUGAAGAGGGAGGUGCCGGAGAUUAAGCGGGAGUUUGGGGAGAUGGGGGCGCGGUGGUGGGGGGCUUGUGUUGAUGACGGGUAUGAGGGGUCUGGGGAAAGGAGAGAUGAUGGAGGAAGAGAGGUGGAAGAGGAAGAAGGGAGGGAGGCGGGAGGGUUCGUGGCUGAUUUGGUUGUCUCGACGAUGCAGGUUUUCGUGCAGACGUCGGCGGCGGCGAGGAUGGGUGUGCCGUUGCACUUGUUUGGUAUGAACCCGAGGAUAUACUCGAGGGAGGUACCGCAUAGCCAGGCGGGGUGGGCGGUUGGGAAAGGGGGGCUUGUGAGGAGGGCGAGUUGGUGGGUGCAAGAUUUGAUGUUCCUCCAAGCCAUGAAGGCCGUAAUCAACACCACCCGCCGCGGCAUGGGCCUCGAGGACUUCUCGCCCGCGUGGUGGCUCUCGCAGUUCAACCGCCUCCGCGUGCCGUGCACAUAUCUCUGGUCGCCGCUGCUGCUGCCCAAACCGUCCGACUGGGCCUCCAACAUCUCCGUCGCGGGGUUCGCCUUCGAAGACGUCUCUGAAGGUGACUUUGUCCCGCCCCCUGAUUUGGUCAAGUUUCUCGAGAAGGGCCCGCAGCCACCGGUGUAUGUCGGCUUCGGGAGCAUGACCUUCGCCAACGCGGCGGACGUGUUUGGCGUUGUGAGGGCCGUGGUGAGGGAGUUUGGGCUCCGGGCGGUUGUUUGUAGGGGGUGGAGCGGGGUUGUGAUGGAUGAGGGUGUGAGUGAGAAGCGGGAGAAGGAGGAUGAUGUGUUUGUGGUGGAUGAUGUACCGCACGCGUGGUUGUUUCCGCGGGUCAGGGCGGUGGUGUGCCAUGGCGGCGCCGGGACAGUUGCGAUGGCCCUGCGGUGCGGACGGCCGACGCUGGUGGUGCCUGUGGCCGGGGACCAGCCGUUUUGGGGCAGCCGGGUGGCGGAGGUCGGAUGUGGGCCGGCGGUUGAGUUCGGGAUUGCGGCGAUGACGAAGGAAGGGUUGCGGGGGAAGCUUGGGGAGGUGCUGGAGGAGCGGUAUGCGGUUGCGGCGGGGGAGUUUGGGAGGCGGGUGAGGGCGGAGAGGGAUGGUGUCGAGGGGUUUAGGGAGGAUCUGGAGAGGAGUUUGGCGGUGUAUGAGGGCUUGCGGUGUGCGGUGCUGAGGGAUAGGGUCGGUGUUUGGAGGGUUGGGGGCGUGUUGGUGAGUGCUGUUGCUGCGGAGGUGUUGAUGAGGGAAGGGCGGAUGAGGAGGGAGGAGUUGAAGGCGUUGGAGGCUGUGAGAUGGGGGGAUCUGGUUGCGCCUGGGGAUCCGGUGAGUGGUUUUGUGAUGGGGGUAAAGGGUGUCGGGAGAGGUGUGAAGAAGCAUUCUCAGGAGAAGGCUUGGGCGUUUGUGGUGCUUCAUAUCCUCAGAGCGCCGUUGAUGAUCCUGGCGGGGCUCACGUUUGGGAUGUUUAAUCUCGUCGACUUUGUUCUAUGGGAGAUGGCUUCCCCUAUUGAGCCAAAGCUCUAUGCUAGCAACCCCAGAUUGUAUAGCUACGGGCAGAUGCUGGGUUUCUUGGUGGUUGCGCCGUGGAAGGAGUUGCAGAGCAUUGCAUAUCAACCAGCAGAGCUGAAGAAAGGGGGGAGAGGGGUGGGGAGAGUCAUUCUGGAGGCACCACUGGCCAUUCUGAGAGUCUUGGUAGCACUUGUCAACAUUCUCGUCGGGUUCAUCGGUAUCAGUUUGCGGAUAGCGGAUCUAGCAUGUUCGAAAGCGAUGGGCGAAAGGGAUGACAGAGAUGUUGUGGCUGAAGCCAGGUUAAGGCAGGGUAGGAUCGAGGCCGAGGAACUCGCGAUCGAGAGAACCGAGGAGGGCGGUGACUUGACAGUUGAAGUCCUCCAGGCGUGGGAUGCAAAGUCAUGA